AUGGAGUCACCCACCAGAUGCUGCGCAACCUGGCGCCACCUCCUGCUCGACGCAUUCAACGGUGUCCUGCGCAGCGGGUUUCCCCAGCAGUCCUGGCGCUGCGCGCUCGUGGUGCCUGUGCUUAAGCGUGGCAAGCCGCCCCGCAGCCUCGCCUCCUACAGACCCGUCUCUCUCACGUCAGUCCCUGGCAAGACGAUGGAGGCGAUGGCUCUGUCGAGACUCCAAUGGAUUGCGGACAUCCGCGGUAUUUUCACGCCUGAGCAGUGCGGUUUCCGCGCGCAUCGCUCCACGGCCGACUGCUUUGCCGCCGUCGUGUGCAUGCUGGAACAGGCGAGUCGCGAAGGCCGCGCCGCGUACCUGCCGCUGUUGGACGUCCAGAGCGCGUUCGACUUCCUUCCCCACGCAACCAUCAUCUCGGCUGUGCGCUCUCUUGGUGUGGAGGCCAGACUCCUGGCGUACGUGCAAGCCUUGCUCACCGACAGAGCCGAGCGCGUGCCCAGCAAUGGGCACCUCCCUGUGCGCGCCGUGGUCCGCGCGGACGACGUGGCGCUCUUCGUCCGUGGCCCGCCGUCAGCGAUGAGACAGAUGCGUAUGCGACUCCAGGCAGCGGUUGAUGCGGUCGGCGACUUUCUGCGUGCCAUUGUCCUGCGCUUGUCGGCGGUGAAGUCGGAGGCCAUCAAGGUCCAACCACGCGCUGCUGCCCGGCGCCACACUGGCUGCGUGUUCGUCGACGGUGUCUCCCUUCCCUGGCGACUGACGGUGCGCUACCUUGGGCUCAUUAUUGAUCACCGCCUGACGUGGUACCCGGCCGUGAAGCAGCUUCGCGCUGCCAUGCGCCGAGUUGAGGGCGCGGUGCUGUACGCGCUCCCACUGUGCAGCCUGCGACCGCAUCUGUGGCGACACAUCGACUGCGACCACCGACGAGUGCUCCGCAUGUGCCACGGCCGGCCCCGCGCAUCCCGUCUGGCGGAGACGCUCGCAGAGGCCGGCGCGUGGCCGGUCUCCCUCACCGCUGAUCUGCGCGCGCUUGGCCACACCGAGCGCCUAUCCCGUGCCCCAGGGGCCGGCCCCAUACUGUCCUGCCUCCGCGGACGUCCCAAGUCUCGUGUGGGUAAGCUGUUCAAGCUGUACGACAGCCUGGUGGUCGAUGCCUCUGCCACCCCUGAAGCCUGGCCGCCACCAAACCAGCCUGUGCCGCUGCGCGUGUGCCUCGACCUGCCGGGCGUCCGCUCCAAGCACCGCAUCCCUCAUUGCGCUGUGGUGCAGGAGGCUGCUGCACGGAUACAGGACGACCUGGUGGGGAGGGCACACCUCUACACAGACGGUUCUGUCCGUCAGGACGGUUCCGCGGCCGCCGCCUGCGUUGUGCCGCACCUCGAUGUCGCGAGACAGUGCCGCCUGUCCUACCGAGCUUCCUCCACCAUACUGGAGCUUGUGGGACUCCAUCUGGCAGCCGACAUCCUCGAAGAGUCGCCGUUCCUCAAACGAGUGGCGAUUCCUUGCGACUCGAGGUCCGCAUUGCGCCACCUGCUACUCGACGAGCGCGUGCCGCCACUGGAGCAACGCGUUCCCUGCAGGCUGCACACACUGCAGCAACCGGGAUGCGACCUGCGCAUUAAGUGGAUACCCUCGCACGAGUCGGCGGACGACCUCGCAAGAUGUCCCCCGCCAUUCAUGAAGUGA